ACAUUGUCCUGACAGAGGGCGUUGUAGUACCAUGUUUUGCACAGUAGCACGCUUUAGACCAGGGGUCUCCAACGCAUCACUUGCUAGCUACAAGUAGCUCGUAGCCCCUUCAAAGUAGCGCUGCUAUUAAAUCGAGCAUUCGUUUGAAAACGUAAUUAGUCGCUCAGCCACUCGGCUUAAAUUUUUAUCCAAAUUGUCCAUUGUCCCACCUUUCAAAACAAUUUUUUUUUGCCAUUUAGCUACCAAUUAAUACUUGCGCAUGUGUGAAUAUGCUCCAACAGAGACAGGACUCCAAGUGUCCAAGUGUGUGGACAAAACCAGUGUGACAAGGACACCACUAGGAACUGGGAAGACAGACUGGUUUUGCAGCUACCUUGACAAACACUCGUGCAACAUGGGCGACAGCAUGAACCAGGAGUCACAGUGUAACCAGAAAGAUGAGAAGAGCUGGGGCUACGAGGAAGAGUGGGGACUCCAUUUCCCAGCAGCCAACGGCGAGUACCAGUCUCCGAUAAACCUGAACUCCCGGGAGGCCCAGUACGACCCCUCCCUUCUAGACAUCAGUUUAUCACCAAACUACGUCGUGUGCCGAGACUGUGAGGUCAUCAACGAUGGACACACCGCGCGCAUCGUUCUCAAAUCCAAAUCAGUGGUCAGUGGAGGUCCACUGCCGAGCCACCACGAGUAUGAGCUUCACGAGGUUCGAUUCCACUGGGGAAAGGAGAACCAGAGAGGUUCAGAGCACACAGUUAACUUCAAGGCUUUCCCCAUGGAGCUCCACCUGAUUCACUGGAACAGCACUCUGUUCAAGAACUUAGAGGACGCUCUGGGCAAGAAGAAUGGAGUCCUCAUCAUCGCUCUCUUCGUACAGAUUGGCAAAGAGCAUCUGGGUCUAAAGGCGGUCACAGAAGUCCUGCAGGACCUACAGUACAAGGGGAAGAACAAGAUCAUUCCCUGCUUCAACCCCAACACUCUGUUACCUGACCCAUUACUGAGGGACUACUGGGUGUACGAAGGGUCUCUGACCACCCCCCCCUGCAGUGAAAAUGUGACCUGGAUUCUCUACCGGUAUCCUCUCACCAUCUCACAGCUGCAGAUUGAGGAGUUCCGGAGGCUGCGUUCCCAUGGUAAAGGGGCGGAGCUUUCAGAAGGGAAUGAUGGGAUGCUGGGGGACAACUUCCGCCCGACACAACCGCUCAAUGAUCGCACAAUUCGCGCUGCAUUCCGGUGACUCUGGUGUAUUUCUCCCGACUCAAAAGAAAUGGACUGUAAGAAACACAUGUAAAACAAAAUAACAGUGUAACAUCGGGUCAGCCGUCACCUUUACAUAACCUAGAACACAGACGAGGACACAUUCACACCACAUUGUUAGAAGGUUUCAAAUGAAACACAGUUUGUAGUUUGUAGCUUCAAAAGACAGUGAAGGUAUUUGGAGUGUUCUACCCAUGACAGCCUGCUAACCCAUUUGCUAAUUUAAAAUGGGGGGGGGGUCCAACGUUAGUAAGAACAAGUCUUCGUCAACUACAUGUGGUCCAAGACAUUGGCUGCAGAGACAGAGAAAAACUGAAGAAUUAUGGAUCAAAACAUAUCAAACAUCACUAUUUAGGAAGACUGUAUUCACAUUAGAUGAAGGCAAAGACACGUUCUGACUAUUGUUAACAAUGACAACAACAUGACAGGUAACCACAGACCUUUGUGUUAGAGCUGAGAAAAAUUUGGCUGCCAAAUACCUUAUGUGCCAAUUUUGUAAUGACUUUGCAUUUGAUUUAAAUUCUUGGUGCAAUGACAAAUCCUAAUUUUACCCAAGAGAAAGUCCAAGAUGAGUUUUUUCCUUUUUUUUUUUAGGAACUACAACACGAUAUCAACCUGUUUAUGGCUGGUACAAAUGUUCUGGGCUGGUGUUGGGACAUGAUCUGAAAAACUUCCUGUUAGUACAAAGUCAGCAGCACAAACCCCCGUUUGUUGACCUGGUCUUAGAACGUGAUCUUCCGUAAAGUGUGGGAUGUUUGUAAUGUGAUGUUAAGAAUGCUAAUCCAUGUAGCUUUGUUUUAGCAUAUGUGGUGAAAACGUGUGUAUUUGUGCAAUAAAAAAAAACAAAA